AUGGCUAGCACUGUAAGUGAUACUGCUGCGGUAGCUAUACAGGGCAAAACAUCAGACCGGAAAGAACGCGUCGUGAUAUUAGGCUCAGGUUGGGCCGGGUAUGCCUUCGCUCGAACACUGGACCCGCGAAAGUACGAGCGGUUUAUGAUCUCUCCUCGUUCAUACUUCGUCUUCACGCCGUUGGUCGCGGGUACCGCCGCCGGGACUCUUGAGUUCCGAGCUGUCAUCGAGUCAGUGAGGAGACUGAAUCUAGACCAUUUUUACCAAGGUUGGGCCGACGAUGUCGAUUUCGAGCGCAAAGUCGUCCGUGUUGAGGCGAACACGUCCGACGAUGUAGCCGGCAGGACGAGGGCGCAAUUAGCGCCGGCUCCAGGUAAACUGGAAAUAGAGAAGGGGCCAAUGUUCGACGUGCAGUACGACAAGCUCGUGAUCGCUGUCGGCGCCUACGCCCAGACAUUCGGGAUCGAAGGAGUGAAAGAAUACGCCAAUUUCCUCCGCAAUGUCGGUGAUGCUCGCAGGGUCCGGAUAAAGAUUCUACAGUGCUUUGAGAAGGCGUCUCUGCCCAUUACCACGGACGAGGAGAAGAGAAAAUUACUUCAUUUCGCCGUUGUGGGUGGGGGGCCAACGGGUAUCGAAUUCGCGGCCGAACUACAUGAUCUCAUUGAAGACGAUCUGCGCAAAACAUAUCCAGACCUGUACCAAUUUAUCAAAAUCACCGUGUACGAUGUUGCGCCGAAGGUGUUGCCGAUGUUUGACCAGAAGCUAGCACAGUAUGCCAUGGACACGUUCAAGCGCGGGCGCAUAGACGUGAAGACGGAACACCACCUCACACGCAUCCGGCCCGAUGACGAUUGCGCCGGAUGUCUGAAGUUGCGGUUCAAGGAAUACGGAGACGAAGAGGUCGGCGCAGGUAUCGUGGUCUGGAGCACGGGACUUAUGCAGAACCCGCUGAUACAGAAACUCGAGUCGAAAGAAGAGGGGCUGCAGCUCCAAAAGGACGCGAAAACAGGCGGACUCGUCUCCGACGCUCAUCUGCGCGUUUUGGCCGCUCCGAAAUCAGCAGCAGGAAAGUCCGAGCAGCAACAGCAGGAUGUUGCCGUCGUGCCGAAUGUCUACAGUAUCGGUGACUGUGCCGUCGUCACGGGACAGCGAUAUCCCGCCACGGCGCAGGUUGCGAGCCAGCAGGCGACGUAUCUCGCAAGGAGCUUCAAUAAGGGUAAUCUAGAAGCGAAACCCUUCCGGUUCAGGAAUUGGGGUGUCAUGACCUAUUUGGGUAGCUGGAAGGCGAUACACCAGAGCAGCGCCGACGAACUGACUGGCAGGGCGGCGUGGUUCCUUUGGCGCACAGCGUACCUCACCAAAAGCAUGAGCAUACGGAAUAAAAUCAUGGUACCGGUAUAUUGGCUGAUAUCCUGGGUUUUUGGCAGGGAUAUCUCGAGGUUUUAG